GGGGCGCUGACGACGUAUUUAAUGAGUGAACGCUUGAACACUCCUUACAGCCCAGGACACACCAAACCCAUAGCCAUUCCGUGUCGGAUAUCUUCGGAUACCAUGACUACACCAUCUUUCAACACAAUCAAUCUUCUGCAGUCUAGCGCCUUUGGUUUAUCGACCGGUAGUGCGAAGCUCGCGUUCGCGCAUUCACUCUUAAGGCAAGCCGGGAUGCUCGCCAACUCUCGACUGGCCCACCCUGGCGUCGACGACCUUAGGGUUAUGCUCAUCCAACUUCAAGAAGCUCAUGCGGUGUUGCUUCAGCGCAUCACAGGAUGGCACUUCAUCUCGUCUCUGUGGUACUCCAAUGACGCCGAUGUCGUCCAGCAUGUGGAGGACUGCUUGAAUCUGCGUGCACUUGCGUCGCUGCAUGCCAACCUGAUUCAAGAAGUUAGGGCGCAAGAGUCAGGUCGUGUUCUAAACAGUAACGUGCCUGGGAGCACACCAAAAGCUACCUCCCCCUUCGACUACGGAGUUAGAUCACCUGUUGUCCAUAUCAGCGGGCUUGCUACUGUCGGAUCGCUGAAUGUCCAAUGGGGCAACGAGGUAUACGGUCCCACCUCCCAAACAGUCCAUAAAGAGUCCUCGCAAGAGCAGCACGAGCGUCCACAAGAAGCGACAGAGGCGUCGGGUGCCCAUCAGACACGCAUGGCGGCAGCGUGGCCAUACGGGAGAGACCAUAGAGCAUACAUUUGAGAUCGAGUUGAAGCUUCCAAGACGUUGUGUGAGAAAGAAGGAAGGUUUUCACGACGAGGUCAGAGCCGUUGAUGUGUCCAGGUAGAAGCAAGAGCUAGCCAGGGGUUAGACGC